UCAGUUGCGACCUCCAAAGGUUUCCUUCCACCGCAACUCACCGUUCACUUUCCAAAACCUGAUCCGGCAGUUCUCAUCUGACUUCAACACGAAUACUUCUAUAACAUGUCUCUGAAGCUGUACUCCGUUUCGGAUGGGCCUCCAUCUCUCGCCGUGAGACAAGGGUUGAAAGCCCUCGGCGUCGAUUACACCCUGAUCAACGUGGACUUCGGCCUCGGCGAGCACAUGACAGAUGAAUAUGCAAAGAUGAACCCUCAGAAGGAAAUCCCAGUUUUGGACGAUGACGGAUUCAUGCUCAGCGAGAGCAAUGCGAUACUGCAGUACUUGGCGGAUAAAUACGGGAAGGAUGAUAAAUUGUACCCGAAGGAUCCGAAGGCGAGGGCCGUUGUUAACCAGAGGUUGUGCUUCAAUAUGUCCACCUACUACAGGAGCAUCUCCGAGCACGUUGUAAGUUCUUUAAUUAGUUUACCCGGGCGUUCGAUGGACGUGUUAACAUCUGAACUUCGGUCAAUAUAUGAUCGAAUCCAAACUCCUCUGCAUCGAAAUGUCAAUAUCGGCGAACGGACA